CCGUGACAUCAUCAAAGGUCCUUAAACCCUUGUUUUUUUUGUUGUUGCUAUGGUAGCCGCAGCGUCUCUGCUCUCAGUAUUUCGGAGGCGAUAAGUGUGACAGCGGGUGUCUGUAACGUACAUCACCGCGAAGGCAGACGGUACCGCGGGGAGAUAGGGGCAGGAGAGGCCGGGAGCAUGGUGAAGCUGUCCGCUAAGUGCCUGGUGGCUGGUGACGCCACUGUUGGGAAGAGUACAUUAAUCCAACUGUUCCGCAGUGAUGGAAGCCACUUCCCAAAGAACUAUACUAUGACAACCGUCAUGGAUGUUAUAACGAAAACUGUGCAGAUUCCAGAUACAGGUGACAGUGUGGAGCUCUUCCUGUGCGAUUCUCCGGGGAAGGCAAUGUUUCAUGAGAUGACAGACAUAUUGUGGGAUCAGCCUGGCGCCCUGUGCUUGGUAUUUGAUGUCACAAGCGAAAAUUCAUUUACUAACUGCGCAAGAUGGUUACAACGCAUAAAAUCGAAGACCACUAGUCCUUUAUUACCUGGAGUUUUGGUGGGAAAUAAGACAGACCUAACUGGCCGUAGAGUAGUGGAGAAGAUCCAGGCUGAGGAGUGGGCAGCGAGCCACGGGCUGGAGUACUUCGAGACAUCAGCGAAGGAGCUGGAAAACUUUGAUCUACCAUUUCGAGCCCUGGCCAAGUCAUUCCAUUCUAUGUACCAAGAGAGAGUGGAGGGUUUCAAAAGUCUUCUGUAACAUCCUCGAUGGGAAAGACAUUUAAUGUCAUCGAACUGUCAUCUAUGGAGAGUCACUGUAUGGAUGAAUUACAAGGACAUUGCCUUGUACAAUGUUUCCCAAAAAGGGUGCCUCCAGCUGUUGCAAAACUACAACUCCCAGCAUGCCCGGACAGCCGAAGGCUGUCCGGGCAUGCUGGGAGUUGUAGCUGGAGGAACCCUGGUUGGGAAACACUGACCUAGUAGAACAUUACUUCAUAUUGUGAUGAACGAAGAUACUAGUUACUUAUUACAUAUAUUUGUAUGCGUUUUACAUAUUUUUAUAUAACAAAUGAUACAUAAAUCCAUUUCUACACAAAAAAAUUGCACACGUUAUGUUUAUAUAAAAAAAAAAGCUUUACAGAUACUGAUGUCACUAUUUUUUAAGAUUUGUCCAUUCUUGAGGAAUAAUGGAUGAAGAAGUCAUCAAGUCAUUCAAGAACAUUAUCUCUACAAUGGUUGUUUACAGCAAAAAAUAUACAUCAGUCAACUAAACAUUACAUGGCCAUUAUAAUGAAAAAAUUUAAUAAAUAAUAAUAAUAUAAAAACACUGUUUUUUUUAUCUACAUAGGGCCAAAAUUUUUUUUUCCCUUGACCCCCUAAUAGGUGCCCGGGGGUCUGCUGCACAGUUAUCAGCAUGACCCGGACCCUAUUAGGGCAUCCGGGCGCUGCGUUCUGCCCCCUGUCUUUUGUUUUUGGGCCGCAGCAGGGUUUAUUUUUUUUCAUAAAAUAACUGUGUGUGAUUCCUAAAUCACACCCCAUUAUUUAGUUUACACCAAACACACACACACACACACUUCCCCUACCCACACACACACAAAAAAAAAAAGAAGGGUGAUGGCCGCCGGGCAUAUUUGGUGGAGAAGGCAUAUGCCUUACUUGCCUCUGACACGGAAUCUGCCAGUGAGAGCGAGGAAGAUCCUACUUUCUUGUGGUCUUCUUCGUCCUUAUCAUCUAAUUCUGAUGAUGAGCCCCCUACAAGGCGGCGGAGACGCCACCAGGCGAAGCCACAAACACCCCAUGAUAGUGACCCAGUGCCCAACCCUGCCUCUCGUACUAGGAGUCCGACCCCCCCAGACAAGUGUACUGGAGCCCCCUACCGGUGAGCCUGUCUGGAGACCCCCAGAGGACUGUCAGCCACAGAUUCCGGAGUUUGUUGGCGACUCAGGUAUCCAGAAUGACACAGCCGGAUACACUGAAAUAGAUUUUUAGUUAUUAUUUCAGUGACGACUUUGUCAAUCUGAUGGUGGAGCAGACGAAUCUGUACGCCCAACAGUUCAUUGCCCACCACACAGAUUUGUUUUUGCCUCGGUCCUAUGGAUGGCACGCCGUCAAUGCAGCUGAAAUGAGGACCUCGUAUUGUAUAUGGGCCGAGUCAAAAAAAACUGUGUCAAGCAAUACUGGAGUGGGGACAUCCUGUAUUAGACCCCACUCUACAGUAUGGCCAUGACACAGGGACGGAUUGAGGCUAUACGGAAAUGCCUGCAUUACAGUGAUAAUGCAGCAUGUCCCCCCAAGGUGAUCCUGCCUAUGACCGCCUGUACAAAAUCAGAGCGGUCAUAAAUCACUUUGGGGCCAAAUUUUGGGAGACCUACGUACCCCAAAGGGAGGUCUAUAUUGAUGAGUCUCAUCAGUUUUAAGGGGAGACUCGUCUUCCGCCAAUACGUUCCCUCUAUGCAGGCGUGGUAUGGCAUGAAGAUGUAUAAACUUUGUGAGGGUACCUCCGGGUACACUUACAAGUUUAGAGUGUAUGAGGGACAAAAUUCCCAUAUUGAACCCUCAGAAUGUCCCUCCACUCUGGGUGUUAGCGGGAAACUUGUUUGGUAAGGGUUACCAUGUGUACGUGGAUAACUUUUAUACCAGCAUCCCACUGUUCAUAUCCCUUGCCAUCAGAUCCACAUCAGCUUGUGGGACCUUGCGGAAGAACCAGAGAGGCCUCCUUGCAAAUUUCCUUCAGACACCUAUGCCUAAGGGUGAGUCUUGUGCCCUUACCAGUGAAAACCUGUUGCUGGUCAGGUAUAAGGAUAAAAAAAUAAAAAAUAAAUAAAA